AUGGAUGCAAUUGAGUCCAUGUUACCUGAACCUAACAAGCCUAACUUAAGUUUUGAUGCUAUAUAUAAACCUAACCACAACAAGCAUGUCUUCACUGAGGGAAAUGGAGAGUACCGUGAGGAACAAGCAAUACUUAGAGAUUACAUUAAGGGCUUCCCAAAAGAGUCUGAUUUAAUGAUUUUACCGGUUGCAAACGCUGUAGAACUCAAGGGUAAGGCUGGAUCCAAGGCGAUUCUGGUGAAAAAUAUUUACUUGUCUUGUGAUCCUUACAUAGGGAUUCGCAUGAAAGAACCAAAUCCAUCAAGUUCAGCAUUUAUGGAUGCUUUCGUGCCGGGCAAGGAAGUGCCUAACCUUGACUCUGCCUUAAAGAGGUGUUUUCCAAAGGGCAUUGACAUAUACUUAGAGAACGUGGGAGGCAAAAUGCUUGACGCCGUGCUACUGAACAUGAAAACGCAUGGAAGAAUUGCUGUAUGCGGGAUGAUCUCUCAGUACCAUCUUGAAACCAGAGAAGGGAUUCAAAAUCUACCGGUUGUUAUCUACAAAAAGAUCAAGAUGCAAGGGUUUGUGGGUGUUGACUUCAUUGAUACAUUCUCUAAGUUCUUGGAGUUUAUGCUUCCAUGUAUAAAAGCGAGGAAGUUGAUAUACGUUGAAGACGUUGUUGAAGGACUAGACAAUGGUCCUUCUGCUCUUGUUGGACUCUUUCGUGGACUAAACUUUGGGAAACAAGUUCUUAAGAUCGCUCGUGAGUGAGAUAUAGAUAGAUUGCCCGUAUAUGAUUUAUGUGAAGAGAUUCAUGUGGUUUGAACUAACUGAACUAGAUAAUGAUGCAAAGCUAACAAUAGGCGACUGCUUACAUAUGUAAUGUGGUUUGGGUUCUUUUGGGUUUAGUGAUGAUAUAUUCUAAACCAGUAUCGUUCAAAACUUAGGGAUCAAUAGUGUCAUUUCACGAAACUGAAGUGAAGCCCCAGCGGCCCAGCCUAAUUUACAUGGCCAAAGCCUAACACUAAAAAGCAGUGUCUUGAAAUAUGAAUUCAAGACGUGGA